AUGCCUUUCUACACGAUCAAGGUUGGAGUCCGUACUUCGUUCUCGCUGCAGUUAUACCUAAUAUCCAUGGGAACUAUAACUGGAGAGCUGAGCGGAAGUGACGUCAGAACGAGAGGCCCGCCUGAUGGAGGAUGGGGAUGGGUGUGUGUUGUUGGGAGACUCUACUGCCAGUUCUGUGUUCUGGGAACAGCGACAGCGUUCGGCAUCAUCUACGUCGAACUCAUCGACUACUUCCACACCUCCAGGGAGGUCGCCGCGUGGAUAGGAUCUCUGGCAAUUGGGCUGAUCUUCCUCACAGGACCCCUGGCUUCGUAUCUGACAGCGAGAUUUGGUAUACGGAAGACAACACUUGCUGGAACUCUCCUGGCCUUUGUGGGCUGCUUCAUCAGCUGGUUCGCCACGGGGAUCACCUACCUGUACAUUAGCUACGGCGUCUUACUAGGCAUAGGUCUUGGCUUGGUCUUUGUGCCCUCAACUCUGAUCGUGGUGCUCUACUUUGACAAACACAGAGGACUCGCCAACGCCAUAGCAUCCUGUGGGAGCGGUAUUGGGACGCUGGCUCUGCCCCCUCUUUACACCUACCUGCUAGGGGAGUACGGCUGGAGGGGCACGCUGCUUCUACUGUCUGGCCUCGUCCUGAACGGCGUAGUCUGUGCCGGCGUCUUCAGAACCCCCGACUAUAUAACAGCCGCCAGGAAGAAGGGCCCGGCUGAGAAGAGCAGACAGAGCUGGGGUCAGUUCUUCAGCUUGUUCUGUAAUCCCUGCUUCACGAUGUUCGUCAUCGCUGGAUCAGUGGCACAACUUGGAUACAUAGUGCCAUUCGUCCAUCUACCCGACAUGGCGGCACAGAUGGGCAUUGAGAAGUACAUGACGGCGUAUCUCAUCUCCACCAUGGGCGUAUCCAACAUCGUCGGCCGGGUUUUCAUGGGCUGGGUGAGUGACCUCCCCUGCGUAAACAUCAUCUUCCUGCACGGCUUGUCGCUGAUGGUGUGUGGUGUCGCUACUGUCGUCAGCCCACGUCUCUCCCAAUUCUAUGCCCUGGCCGGCUAUUCCGUAGUACAAGGCGUGUGUAUUGGUGUGUAUGCUGGUUUCAUCCCUGUGAUUCACUCCACGAUCGUCGGCGUACACCGUACAGGUGACGCCCUGGGACUGGGCUCCGUCUUAUCUGGUGUCAUCAGUAUGGUAGCGUCUCCCAUCGCAGGCUGGUUAUUUGACACUACCAAGAGUUACAAUGCAUCUUUCUACUUGGCCGGGUCCACUUUCAUCCUCUCGGGGGUGAUGGAUAUGUUUGUUCUUCUCCUCCACCGACGUCAAACAAGGAAACAAGAAGAAGAAGAGAAAGUGAAAACAGCGGACGCGUCCAAUACACAUACAGCUUCGCUCGCGCUGAUGGCCAAGUCAGGGAACUGAAUGGCGAGUGUUUGUUAGAGACAGAUGUGGAAAGUAGAAAAGCAGAGAUAAAUCUUGUGGAACAACAGAAGAAUGAUGUCUGGAUCUGUGUUUAUAAAACAUGUGUCAGUGGCAAUGUAGACCAUAUACGAUCCUAAAGACCCUUCUUGUCGAUUUGAAGAAUUUGCUGAUGGCAUCGAGGAACAACAGAACGCGCUUUUGUUCAACUCAGGUAUCGAGGAGAGAAUGUUAAUUAUAAAGAAAUAAUAAGUGCAUGCUAUAACUUCUUGAUAUUUGUAACUGUACAUUUUAGUGAUUUUGGAUGCUGGUAUUUCCAUUUAAGCCAUAUAACGGCAUAAUGCUUCAUUCUUUAGAAACGAACGCUAUGACGCCAUCCAUUGCUUAUGGCAUCAAAAAUGAUUAUGGUACGUUAUUCUUACCAUAUGGAUACCGUCAGUAAAAUGUCUCUGGCGGGAUGACAGUUCAUGUUGAUUCAUCAUUUCCUACUUUUUUAAAGUUGGCGGUAGAAUAGUCUAGUGAUUAAAGCGUUCGCCCACCACGCUGAAGUCCCGGGUUCGAUUCUCCUUGUAGGUGUAGUAUGUAGAGCUCAUUUCUGGUGUCCGCCGCCGUCAUUGUGCUGGUAUAUUGCUACAAUGGGACUAAAUGGGACUCACUGACCCUUUGAUAUACUCAAAGCGUAAUACACAGAAUUAUCUACCCGAAAAUCGGAAUUCCAGACUGUCCAAUAUAAAUGACGGUUUCUCACCAAUACUUGGAGACAAACUUUACUCAGGGUCAAAAACGAUGACGAAACAUCAGAUACAUAUUUGAAAUCUCUCAUCCAGUAGACAGAAAUUACGCCAUUGUACUGAUAUGUCUUGACGUCACAACGGUACACGAAUCUGUACCGAAUCGUCGCACUCUCGUAAUAAAAAGAAGUUGUUAUCCAUAA